AUGAGCGAAUGGAGAAUAAAAUGCGCGAUAUACAAUGGGAAAUGCCACAGCGUAUACUGGAAAUUUGUCCUCUCUCUCCCUCUCCCUCCCUCUCUCUCUCCCUCUCUCUCUCUCUGUAGUCUAAUUAGUACUCGGUCCUUCUUUCUUUACUUUUCUUCUCUUUUGUUUUUCUUCCAUUUUCUUUUCUUCUUUAUUCUUCCUUUUACAAUCAAUCCUUUUCUGCUUCUUUUUCUCCCUCCUUUACUUCUUUCUUUACUUUUUUCUUUCUUCUUCUGUCUUUCCUUCUUUCAUUAUUUCAUUCUUUUCUUAGACAAUUCUUUCACCUUAUCUACUGUUUUCUUUUUUUUAUUCCUUCUUUUUUUCUUUUUCUUUCUUUCUUCACUUCCUUCUUCUUCUCUUUAUUAUUCGUCCUUAAGACUUUGGAUUUUUGUUGUUUUUUUCUUUUCAUUUGAAAAAUCUUUUCUUAUCUUUGCAUUUUCUAUUUUCUCCUUCACUUUUCUUUCUUUCUUUUUCUUUUUUUCAUUAAUACUGCCUUCACAGCUUUUCAUUUACAUUCUUUCACUUCUUUAUUUUAUUUUUAUUUUUUUAUUUCUUCCAUAUUUGAUUUCUUUCUUCUUUCCUUUCUUCCUACUUUCCUCUAUGUUUUUCAGUUUGUUUCAUCUAUCUCUAUCUAUCUAUCUAUCUAUCUAUCUAUCUAUCUCUCUCUCUCUCUCUCUAUAUAUAUAUAUAUAUAUAUAUAUAUAUAUAUAUUUUUCUCGCUUAACUGAACAAAAUCAUUUUCCCCUGUUGUCUCUUCUUCCUAAUUGUCUCUUUCCAUCCACUUUCUCGAUCUCUCUUUCUUUCUCUCUCUCUCUCUCUCUCUCUCUCUCUCUCUCUCCGUCUCGCUAG